AUGAGGUCAUCUGACAUCUUCCACGCGUAUCGCUAUACACCGGUCGUCCUGAAGUCGCGGCAUCACGACAGUGGCGUCAACCAGUACGGCCUUAAGCCCGUGAACGCCUACGAUUACAUCAACCCAACGAAUCUUGUGAACUUUGGUCGUGGGACCUCUUUUGACAAUCUUGGCGUACGGCGUUCGGGUCGCGGCGAGAUUGACUCUUCGCCGUCGCUCGGUGGCUCUCCUGUUUUCACGCAGGCGAAGCUUGUUGGCCUGAGCGGCGAGGAGCAGCUCACCAUGUGUCAGUCGGAAACAAUGGCGCUGCGGGUGUGCAUGGCGAAGGGCGGGCAGAGCAGCUGUGAGCGGGAGAGCCGCGCUUUGGACGUGUGCCUCUCGCGUGUCGGACACUUGCGGCAGGCGAUGAGUGCGGCGUGUGCCGAAUUUAAUGACUGGUUUAUUCAAAACGUUUCAGACAAUCACACCAAGCCGUUUCAGCAUCGACCGCAUGACUGGCGGCACUUCUACGCACAGGAGAAACUCGUGCGGGAGCGGCAGCAAAACGGCCACGCGUACGGUCGUCGGCCCAAACAGUUUUCCUUCGGGGCGCGGUACGUCAAGACGGAGGGUUACGGCAAACGGCCACGCCUGCCGUACAACAAGUGA